GACGUGCAGUCACACUUCUUACCAUCACCAUCUUAUUGAACAACUAAUACUGUUGAACUGACACUUUGAAGUUGGAUUGUCUUUACUGUUGCUGUUUAUUUCGGUCUCAGUGGGACGUCGCGUCAGUAGGAUGUUGCCUCACUCAUCUCUGUUCACUUUUGCUCUACUGUUGAUUCAACUAUCCAGUGCAUCUGGGGGUAAAAUCCUGGUGUUCCCAUUGGAUGGAAGCCAUUGGAUAAACAUGAAAGUACUCGUAGAGGAACUGCAUGCCAAAGGCCACGAGAUCACUGUGGUUCGGGCGUCCGAUAGCUGGUACAUCACUGAAAACUCUCCUCUCUACACCAGUGUCACUGUUCCCAGCACUGGUGGAUUUGAUCAAAAACACUUUGAAGCCUUUUUUGUUCGACACCUUGAAAUGCGGUUUCAGGGUAGGCAUGCAUCUUCAUGGUAUAAAACCUGGAAUCGUAUUCGGAUGGAGCGGCAGUCUGUGGAUCAGUUUUCUCAGCUUCAUAAGGGGUUGAGUGAAAUGGCUGAUAAGAUGUUUGGGGAUAAAAACUUGAUGCAGUCCUUCAAGGAAACCAAAUUUGAUUUGGUUUUGACAGACCCCGGCAUCGGUGGCGGAACAAUGCUUGGGCGUUGGCUUCAACUUCCUCUUGUUUUUAAUGUCAGAUGGACCAUUCAAGGAGAAGCACAUUUCCUUAUUGCCCCUUCACCUCUGUCUUACGUUCCUUUCACUGCAACAGAGCUAACAGAUAAGAUGAGCUUCCCUCAAAGAAUUAAGAAUAUGCUAAGUUAUAUUUUUGGAAUGUACACCAUGUCACAAGUCACAGAACCUCAUUACAAACCAUUAGUUGAGAAGUAUUUUGGCCCUGAUGUGGAUUACUCAACAUUUUUCCUGGAUGCAGACAUAUGGCUUAUGAGGAAUGAUUUUGUCUUUGAUUUUCCACGUCCAACAAUGCCAAAUGUAGUAUACAUGGCUGGAUUUCAGUGCAAGCCCCCAAAACCGCUCCCUGUAGACCUGGAGGACUUUGUCCAGAGCUCUGGAGAACAUGGGGUCAUUAUGAUGACAUUAGGAACUUUGGUCUCGAAUCUUCCUCAAGAUGUCGCUGAGGAGAUUGCUGCGGCCUUUGCCCAGCUGCCUCAAAAGGUUAUAUGGCGGUAUAUGGGACAAAGGCCUGCUAAUCUCGGUAACAACACAUUAAUGGUUGACUGGAUGCCACAGAAUGACCUUUUAGGACAUCCCAAAACUAGAGUCAUUGUGACCCACGGAGGCACUAACAGCGUUCAGGAGGCGAUUUACCACGGAGUAUCUGUAGUUGGACUUCCCUUAAGCUUUGAUCAGCCUGAUAACCUCAACCGAAUCAGAGCAAAGGGGGGAGCUGUGAUUAUGGAUAUCGCCGAGCUUGACAGACACAACUUUGCAGAUGCUCUAAAGACAACUAUUUACGAUCCCUCUUACAGGGAGAACAUGCAGAGGCUGUCAAGGCUGCAUAGAGAUCAGCCUGUGAAACCACUGGACCUGGCAGUGUUUUGGAUAGAAUACGUCAUCAGGCAUAAAGGAGCCCGUCAUCUGCAAACACACUCGUACAAAAUGUCCUGGUUUGUUUACAACUCUAUUGAUGUUAUGGCUGCUUUGUUGGCAGUUGUUUUACUUGUAGCUUUCAGCUGCAUUGGAAUUGUAAGGUUACUAUGGAGAAUUAUUUUUGUUGGGAGAAAAAUUAAACCUGAAUGAUGCAAAAAAGAAAAUGUUUGUUUUGUUUGUUUGUCAAAACCAACCAAACAUUAGAAAACAUUUUUAUUUAAACAUUUUAAAUGAAUAAAAGUCUGUCAACGUGAGGAUCAUAACCCCAAUCUACAAGCAGUAUUUUACCUAUAAAAACCCUAGAAUGAAAAUUGAAUGUGUGCUGUAACAAAUAUUCAAGUGCGAUCAGUCAUUGUUUGCAGGUCUGAUUUAUUGCACAUCAUGAUGAUCUCAUAAAACAAAUACAUUUGAUAGUGUUCGGCAGUGAUUAAAAAUGCAUUUGGAGUGCAACCUUUUACUACUCCAUUUUGAUUAAAUAUGUUUUCGGACUCACUAAA